GAGGGACAACUCUUGUCUCUUCCACUCUAUCGCAUUCCUCACAGACCAUGAUGGAAAAGGAAAAGCUUGAGUUCCCCGCACUGGAGGCCAAGCCCAAGAACAAAGCUGAGGCUGAGGCCAAGAAAAGUGCGCACUUCAAAAAGAAGGAGCACGCUGAAGCCAAGAAGAGGGCUGAGGCUGCGGCCAAGAAGGCCCUGAAGUGCCAAAAGAGAAUGGAGGCCGCGAAAGCGCGAUCCGAAGCCGAAGCCCAAAAGAAGGCUGAGGCCGAGGCUAGGAAGGUCGAGGAGGCCAAAGAAAGGGCGGAGGCCCAGAAGGCGCACGACGAGGCCGGAGCUCAGAAGAGAGCUGAAGCCGAGGCCGAAGCUAAGCAGAAAGCUGAGGCGAAGUCAAAGAUGCUUUCUCAGGCAAGAAGGCGCGAGAAAGCGCGAGCUGAAGCAGAAGCCAAGAAAAGUGCGAAGGCCACGGAGACCAAAAGGAGGGAAGCCAAGAAGAAGGCGGCUUCGAGCAAGUGA